ACCCCUGGGACCCCUGGGGCCGGGGAGUGUGUUCCAUCCGCCAGCCACCCGGCGUCGGGCGCGAGAGGAGGCGGGCGGCAGGGGAGCGCGAGCGGUAAGUGCUGCGCGCAGGGCUCUGCGGGGCACGUGACGUCCGCGAAGGCAGAAAUGUCUUUCCUCCAGGAUCCAAGUUUCUUCACCAUGGGAAUGUGGUCCAUUGGUGCGGGGGCCAUAGGGGCUGCUGCCUUGGCACUGAUCCUGGCCAACACAGACGUAUUUCUGCCCAAGCCCCAGAAAGCAACGCUGGAGUAUCUGGAGGAUAUAGACCUGAAAACACUGGAGAAGGAACCAAUGACUUUUAAAGCAAAGGCGCUCUGGGAAAAUAAUGGAGCUGUGAUUAUGGCUGUGCGGAGGCCAGGCUGUUUCCUCUGUCGAGAGGAGGCUGCAGACCUGUCCUCCCUGAAGCCCAAGUUGGACGAGCUGGGCAUCCCCCUGUACGCAGUGGUAAAGGAGCAGGUCAAGACUGAAGUGAAGGACUUCCAGCCUUAUUUCAAAGGCGAAAUCUUCCUGGAUGAAAAGAAGAAGUUCUAUGGUCCCGAAAGGCGCAAGAUGAUUUUCAUGGGAUUUGUCCGUCUGGGCGUCUGGUACAACUUCUUCCGGGCCCGGAGCGGAGGCUUUUCCGGAAACCUGGAAGGCGAGGGCUUCAUCCUUGGGGGAGUUUUUGUGGUGGGACCAGGAAAGCAGGGCAUUCUUCUGGAGCACCGAGAAAAAGAAUUUGGAGACAAAGUAAACCUAGUUUCUGUUCUGGAAGCUGCUAGGAAGAUCAAACCACAGACUUCAGCCUCAGAGAAAAAAUGAUUGUGUGAAACUGCCCAGCUCAGGGAUAACUAGGGCUCUCACCUGUGUUCAUGGGAUGUGUUGUGUUUCCACUGCUGUCCCUAAGGAGUUAGAAACCCAUUUAUGCCAUAUUCUCAGUAUAGACAAUUAACAUAUUUUAAUAUUGUACUCUGUUUAGGCCUAAUAAGGCAAAAUAACCCCCAAACAAGACUGAUAAAAAUCUAAAAAGCUAAUUAAUAAGGCUUAUUUCAGCUAAAACCUGGAAAAUAUGAGGCUUAAAGUUGACUGCUACACCUCAUUACAAACAUAUAUGGUGUUUGAGUACUGUUAUUUGAAAUGAUUUUUAUCUUUGUGUCUUUAAAAAUCUAAGAAAAGUUGGUGAUUGACUUGAAGAUUAAGGGUAUAAGGUUUUGGUUUGUGUUUUCAAUGAAUGAUUCAUGUUAGUGAUUUUGCUGUCUUUCCUAGAGGAAUGACUUGGCAUUUAAAAUUGGUAGCUGCUUUCCUAUUGAUGGUUUUCUAGCCUAAUUUGGUGACUGAGGAGGAAAAAGGACAGAGAAGAUGAAAUGUAACUUAGUUCAUUGGUUUGUUAUGAUUUAUUAUAUUAUUUUAAAGUAAUACUCGUAUAAAAGAACUGAUGUGCUUUGGAUGGCUUGAUAAAGGUAAACUAUAAAGUGAAAUCUAUUUUUUCAUUGUCUUCCAUUCUAAUCUUGGAGAUUUCAUUUUCUAGAAGAAAUGAUCAAUAAAAUUAGGCUCUAAUAAAAUUAGGCAUCAGAAAUUGCCCAUAUAUACAAACGUUUCUGACAAAACUAACAAUAAAAAUAUUUACCAUAAUAACGGCUGAAUUUAUUAAAUCAGUGGUGCCAAAGACACUGAACAUGAAAAAUCAGUAUUCUGCAUGUGUAUGGGGUAGGGUCGGGGGAGGAGUUCCUCUAGUUCUGAUGAUCUAAGAGGUUUCCAAAUGCCCAGAAAAGUUCAUCCUGUCAUUCAUGUUAGUGAUUUUGCUGUCUGUCUUUCCUAGAGGAAUGACUUAGCAUUUAAAAUCGGUAGCUGCUUUCCUAUUGGUGGUUUUCUAGCCUAAUUUGGUGACUGAGGAGGAAAAAGGACAGAGAAGAUGAAAUGUAACUUAGUUCAUUGGUUUGUUAUCUUUGAAAUUUUGUCAUGUGAGUAAGUACGAGGUCAGCAAGAGCCUGAAGGGAGCUCUGCCCUAGGGAGUCUGCUCAAGGCACCAAAUUGGCCCAGGAGUAGGAAGGCGGGGAUGGGAGUCCAGAGAAGAGGAGUACAGUGGUCCCCUCAUGUGUAUAUGUUCCAAGACUCCCUGUGGAUGCCUGAAACCAUGGAAGGUAUUGAACACUAUGCAUACUGUGUUUUUUCCUAUACAUACAUACCUAUUAUUUUAAUUUAUAAAUUAGACACAAUAAGA